AUGGCACCAAUGGACCGAUGUUUGGCCUCAAUGGCCAGGCUGAGCCUCGCGCACCCCGCCAGACCGACUCUUUCGGCAACUUCACGAUGUCUCGCACCGGGACUCCUCCAAACGCAAAGACAGACAUACGCCUCAGUCGUUCGAAUUAGACAAAAAGCAAAGAAGAAGAAGCCCGUGCCCAAGGACUUCAAGCGACACAGACUGGAUAAGACGGAGUUUCCUCAAUUUUCCCUGGUUGAGGCUAUGCGAGUCCUUCGUGCGUACGAGGUCGGCAAGCCCCCCGGUGGUGUCAAGUACGAGCUCAGCGUCAACCUCAAAACCUUCCGCAACGGUCCCGUGAUCAAGAGCAGCAUCCGUCUGCCCAACCCCGUACAGAGCGACUGGCAGAUCGCCGUCAUCUGCCCAGAAGGCAGUGCGAUAGCCAACGAUGCUAUCAACGCCGGUGCCAAGGCUGUCGGCGAGAAUACUCUGUUUGAGGCCAUAAAAAACGAGACCAUCGAGUUCGACAGGCUCAUCUGCCACGAGUCGAGUGAGAAGGCACUGCAGCAGGCCAACCUGGGACGUAUUCUGGGUCCCAAAGGUCUGAUGCCUAAUAAGAAGAUGGGAACGCUUGUGACUGAUGUGGUGAGGUCCAUCCGUGAGUCUGCGGGUGCGGCGGACUACCGUGAGAGAAUGGGAGUCAUCCGCAUGGCGAUCGGACAGCUGGGCCACACGCCUAUCCAGCUGAGGGCGAAUAUCGAGGCCGUGAUGAAGAAGAUUAAGACACAGUGUGCCGAGCUUUCAGAGGAUGUUCCUAAGGAUGUCCACGAGGUCAUUCUUAGCACGACGAAUGGCCCCGGACUGAGCCUCAACGGGAAGUUGAAGAACCUCGAGGACAAGACUGUGCCGGAGGCGGUGUCUGGGCAAAUGUAA